AUGUCCGACAAUGCAUCCGCACCCCUCUACCCAGCUUACCUCCCUGUCCGCCCGGAGGGCUUCACUCCAACCCUGAACAUCCCACUUCAAGAUGUUCCUGAGGCAGGCUGUCGCGCAGAUUCAUCCCUACCAGAAAUUCGAACCCAUGAUAGUCAACUUGGGAAUAUAACUCCACGGAUCGGAACGGAGAUCAGAGGCGUACAAUUAAGUCAAUUGAGCGCCGCAGGUUUGGAUCAAGUAGCCUUGCUGGCUGCACAGAGGGGUGUUCUUGUGUUUAGGGGUCAAGAUUUUGCCGACAUUGGAACAGCCCGACAACGAGAUAUCGCAGCUCAUUAUGGACAACUCCAUCAGCAUCCCACCAUGGGAUAUCCACAAGGCACAAGUCCUGAAUUCCAAGUGGUAUACGCAGACGAAAAAGUAGGAAACCUUCGAACUUUACUUGGAGCCCACACAAGUUACGACCUUUGGCACGUUGACCAGACAUUCACGCCCAAUACUCCCGGAGUAACAUUCUUCUGGGUCCUCGAGACACCGGCCUCCGGCGGCGGGGACACAGCAUUCACCUCACUGACAGCCGCAUAUCAAGCCCUCUCACCCACGUUUCGUGAGGGCUUACAUCGCCUAAAGCUCCUACACACCAGUGCCAGUGUAGGAGAGGUCGCCCGUGUUGGGCAGGAAAGAGCUCUCAAAGAGGCAGUCCAGACAGAACAUCCGCUUGUAAUUGACCACCCUGUCACUCACGAGCCUGUACUAUUCGUGAAUCCGACCAUUGCAAGACAGGUGGUUGGCUAUAAACCCGAAGAGUCGGACAAUCUACUAUCGUUCUUGCAUAAUCAUAUCCGGUCGUUGGAUUUCAGCUGUCGCGUAUCGUGGGAAAAAGGGACUGUGGUAGUAUGGGAUCAAGUAUGUACCGUAGCCUCGUGCGCUUUGGAAGAAGACCUAUACUGA